AGAUGGUUUUCUGACCGUGACGUACCUACUUGUUAUUACUAGUAAACUAAUAAUAGUUCAUUUGAUAUCAAAUAAAUGAUAUAGCAUGUUCAUUCGUCAGUGUGGUUGUGAUAUGUGAUAAAGAGUAUUGUUAUAAUGUUCCGGUAUUUAAUAGUGUUGGCGUUUUUUGCCUCACCGCCGGUUUUGACAGCGGUUUACCCCGACCGGAUAAACUUUUGCAGUAAGAAUGAAUUUUCGUGCACGGACGGUGCAUGCGUGAGCCUGGACCGGCGAUGCGACGGUGCGCGCGACUGCGCCGAUGGCAGCGAUGAAUACACGUGCGCGCUCAGUUCAAAUCAGAUAGACCUUCAGGAUCUGGUGCUGCAUCGACACAGGCGGCAGUCCGGGUGUCGAAAAAACCAGUGGCGUUGCCGAGACGGAACCUGCAUCCCUUUCGACGGCAAAUGCGAUGGCGUAGUCGACUGCCCAGACGCGAGCGACGAAACGCACGCCCUCUGUCGGAAUAUGCGAUGCCAGUCAAACCUGUUCCGCUGCGCGUACGGCGCGUGCGUGGAUGGCACGGCGCCGUGCAGCGGUGCGCAGGAGUGCGCGGACGGCUCCGACGAGCUCCUGCCGCGCUGCAGGAACGAGACGCAAGUAGUCAAAGGCAAAUUCAAUUGCAAGAACGGUGAGAAGAUAUCAUCCACAGACCUGUGCGACGGCGUGAAGAACUGCGCAGACGGUUCCGAUGAGACGCUGGAGUCCUGCGCGGGGCGAAGCUGCGCACCGUAUUUGUUCCAGUGCGCGUACGGCGCUUGCGUCGAUGCUGAUGCUGAAUGUAAUGAGGACGGCACUCUACAUUGUGCAGACGGGUCGGACGAGACGGACGAGCUCUGCGACAGAACGACCACACCCACAAACACGGCAUCUAAAUGCGUGUUGCCCGAGUAUCCAGAGCAUGGAACGUACACCGUGGCGGGGCGGGCGGCGCGCCCAGGGCUGGUGUUCGACUCGGUAACGCUGAGCGUGACGUGCGAGCCACCCUACCGCCCCGACGGCCCGGCGCAGUCGCACUGCGCUAACGGACACUGGUACGCUCCUGUACCGGAAUGUAAACGCUUCUGCAAGCUAACUCAACAUCCCAGCGUGAUCUACUCCUGCAAAAUCACAGACUCGAACAUCCUGAGCGGCGACAGAAAAUGCAACGAAUACGAGCCAAGCGGCACCGAAGUGCAUCCCCGCUGCAACGACAAUUAUUACCACAAUGGCGUUCUCAGCUACAUGUAUUGCAUUGAUGGAUCCUGGGACAAUGUGGCUACCUGCGAACCAGAAUGCGGUACCUUGACGCCGAAAGGCGAGCAGCUGGUGAUCAACGGCGUGAAUGCGGAGCGUGGUGAGCUACCGUGGCACACCGGCAUAUAUGACAAGAGAUUCACGCCCUUCAUGCAGAUCUGCGGGGGGUCACUGGCUUCAACUACAGUAGUUAUAUCUGCGGCGCAUUGCUUCUGGAACGACGUGGAACGCGUGCUACCAGCAAAGUACUUCGCGGUGGGCGUGGGCAAGCUGUACCGGCCGUGGAAUAUUGAGGAGGGCGGACAGAAAUCCGACGUGAGCGAUAUAAAGGUGCCGUCCCGGUUUGCUGGUGCGGCCGCCAACUUCCAAGAUGACAUCGCGCUGGUCAUUCUGGUGACGCCAGUGGUGUUGGCCAACUACAUACGCCCCGUCUGCGUCGACUUUAGCGUGCUGUUUGAUGAGCGCCAGCUUAGACCUGGUAAUAUUGGCAAGGUAGCCGGCUGGGGCUUGACAUCGGAAGACGGCAACGCAUCACAAGUUCUCAAGGUGACGGAGCUUCCGUACGUGGACGUGGAGCAGUGCAUCGCUGACCUGCCUUUCGACUUCCGGAGCUACAUUACCAGCGACAAAAUAUGCGCAGGCACUAAGACUGGCACGUCCCUCUGUAAGGGUGACAGCGGCGGUGGACUAGUAUUCCCCGAGGUUGAACGCAGCGUGCAGCGCUGGUAUCUCCGAGGAGUCGUUUCUACUGCCCCUAGCAACGGACACAAAUGCAAUGCUAACUCUUAUACCAGCUUCACGCAGCUGCUUAAGCAUGAUCACUUUGUUAGGAAGCAUCUUAAUAACAGGAGAUGAGAAUUGUAGUUAGUACCGACGCAUACCAAACUAUACUGGGGGCCGUCAUAACUCAAAACCAUAGAGAAAUAAGUAGGAUAGAGUAUUAGUUUCUAUGAUAGUAUAGUUUAGAGUAAGAGUAAUUUGUUGUUUUGUUGUAUAAAAAUGUACUUUCUUGAGUGCUAACUCCAUGCAUCAGUUUUGUUACCGGGUUGUUUCGUAGUCGAGAUGUAGCGUCAAGUAGUGGAUUUAUAAGUACCGCUACUUGACACCAGAUGUCACGAGUGUCGCGACUGACGAAAAGUGUAUUACUAAAAUAAUUUACAACUCAGCUUACAAGCAGGCACCCUUCUACAUGGUGAUCUAACGUGCAAAGAGAGAUCCAGAUGCAGAACAUUUCCCCUAGACAACCCGAAAUUGAAUUCUUUGGCGCAAAUGUACGGGAACACCCGACCCCAGAUAAACUGGGAUAAGGAAGAAGAUGAGGUGUUGCCAACGCCAUUUACCCGAGUGCCAAAGGUGUGACGCCAUCUAUUCGAGUAUAAUUUUUUCUUAAUAUUCCGAGGCACUUUUUUCCUUAGACUUUACUUAUCUUAUACGGAGUUACAUAUAUCUUUGUAUUAGCUGAAAAUUGCUGAGCAUUAGACUUUUCGUUCGUCGCGACAUCUAUUGUCAAGUAGCAGUACUGAUAAAACCGCUACUUGACGCUAGAUGUCGACUACGAAAAUAACCCGAAUUUUGGUAAGAAAACUGAUGUAUGGAGUUAGCAUUCUAUUCUUACUUAUUUCUCUAUGCUCAAAACACUCCAUGAGUUUGUUAAUGUAGAGGAUUGAUAUUCUAUACUUACAUUUUUCUAUCAAAAUGUAUUUUCGUUGCUCUUGGGUGUAGUAGGUAUUGGUAAAAG